UAAUCUUUAUUUUCUUUGUAGGCUAUUGCAGAAUGACCUUGCAUUAAGCGUUUGUGGAAGAAGCAAGAUUUAAACAUCAAUCUUUCAAUGUGCAUACUUCUAUUCAAAUUUGACCCCCGACCAGUUUCAAAAAAUGCAUACAGGCUUAUUCUAGCAGCUAAUAGAGAUGAAUUUUACCACAGACCAUCCAAAUCUGCAGAGUUUUGGGACAGCAGCAAUGAGAUCCUUAGUGGUCUGGAUAUGGAGGAAGGAAAAGAAGGUGGGACGUGGCUGGGAAUAAGUAAGAAAGGCAAGCUGGCAGCCCUGACAAACUACAUGCAGCCAAAGACUGAUCAAAAUGCAAAAGGAAGAGGUGCUCUUGUGACAAACUUCUUGACUGGAGAUCUGGACAGCUACACUUACUUGAAGAAAGUCUCAGUAGAAGGACAUCUUUACAAUGGAUUUAAUUUAUUAGCAGCUGACUUCAAUACCACCAAAGGAGAUGUAAUUUGCUACUAUGGAAACAAAGGAGAACCAGAACCUGUUUUCCUAAAUGCUGGAAUAUAUGGAUUGAGUAAUUCUCUGUUGGAUACACCAUGGAAGAAACUUGAAUAUGGGAAGCAGCUUUUUACAGAGGUGGUCAAGAGAAGUCAAGACCUUACCAAAGAAGAAUUGGUGCAGGAGCUUCUCACAGUGAUGAAUAAUCAACAGCCUCAAUUACCAGACCCUGCGAUUGAAGAGCAAGGGAAGGAUUACAUACGACCUGUACUGAACGAGUAUGCAGCUAUUUGUGUUCGUUGCCCAGGUUAUGGAACAAGGACUAACACGGUCCUUCUCAUUGAUUCCGAAGGAUGGGUUACUUUCACAGAACGCAACAUGAUCAGUGUAGAAGACAACCAGUGGAAAACAAGCACCUAUGAAUUCAAGCUGUACACUUAACUUUCCAUCUGAAUGGUCUGUAAUAACAGCAAUGAGAGAACAAGCCAUUAAGCUCUAGUAAAUGUUUUGUGCCAGCCUCCAGAAGCUAAAAAUAGCAAGGAAAUUAAAGGUUUAAAUAAAUUGGUAGCAUACCCUAUCAGGGCUCACAAAUCCUUUGGAUGAAACCGGAAGAAACUGUUUUGACAUUAAGUAGCAACUUUCAAUCAGAAAUAAAUGUUUCAGUAUCACUUUGCCUCCAGGGCAGGGCCGUGUCUGCCCAGGAUGGCAUCACUGCUUUUUGUUGGGUGUUCUCACUUUUGGUUUCUAGGAUGUUUUAACUAGAUUCUUAAAGGUCUUUUCAGUUCUGAGGAGGAGAAACAUUUGCUGCCUUUAUGGUUCUACCUGAAGGUUUUAUCAAAUGGGUACUUCUAAGAUUGUGUAACUUACACCAGUGUGUGUUGAAUGUAUUUUAUCUUUGUAGCAUUAAAUGCUUUAGUAACAAACUUUUCAGCAGUGCCAUGGUGCAAUGUUAUGCCUGGGGAGGGCAGAGCAGGGGGGGUACUUUCCAUUUGUUUUCCUAGAUGGUAGAGCAAUAGAGCUUUUUUUUCCUAAAACCUGAUUGAGAGUGGAUAGGAAAUUUAGUUCAGUCUGAUCAGUUUUGAUGAAAGACUCGUGGGAGCAGACUUGCUUAUCUCUGAGUGGAAUAAAAUCAUUUGUAUUGUGCCAUCUUAUUUCCUGAUAGUCUAAUUAGCAAUAUCAGUUUUCUUAUCUUCCCCAGCAGUCAGGUAAGUAAUUCAGCAAACAGAAGCCGAAUAUGAAGUUUACAUAUCUCAGCUGUUUUGUACAUGUGCAGUUUUGGCUUCAUGUCUUUAUUGCUUUAAUAUGUUAAAGCCAGUAGUGAUUGCUCAUAGAUUUUUAGUAAAAAUAGCUAUUUGUUGUAAGGUGACAUUAUUAUGGUCUUCCAUUGCUGAAAAAGUUGGGUAUUAAGACGCACUUCAUAUGUUCUGAUAUCUGUGAAUUAAAAAGCUAUUUAAAUUCA